AUGUCCAACCCGGCGAAUGGUCCUCGUGGCAGGCUAUCUAAACGCAGAAAUACAACGUCAGAUCAAGAGAGGGAUCAGGAACCCGGCUCCUCCAACAACUGUGGUCUCAGCCGCCGCAGUACCGAAGGGUCUCAAUCCCCAGCUGAAGUACUAGCUUCCUCGAAUCGGGCCCUACAACGCCUUGCAGGCAUUGCGCAGUACCUGGAAUCCUCAUUCACACCAGACAUAGAUGUGGUUGAAGGGGCUUAUGGGACGGAGAUGGAGAAGGAGAACAAAAUCAGAACACUGAACAAGACACUGGAGACAUUGACUCAUAUCAAGAGCGAAGAAAUGGAAAAUCUCCGACACGAAAAUGAGGAACUCAAAUCUGAGCAAGAAGCUUGUGACCAGGAAAGAAAGAGAUGCCAAGAGAUGAAAAAGGAGCUGGAAACUCAGUAUACCGAAGCAGAGGCACGUAGAGAGGAAGAGAAUAAACGGAAAAUGCAGGAGGAGAAAGCCAAACUUCACAAGCACGUGAAGACGAAGAAAGCCGAAUUCGAAGAAGAACAAAAACAUAAAGUCCGAGAAUUGAAGGACCAAAAAGAAAAUUUGUCAGCACAGAAUAGAGAGCUGGAACAACGAUCCUCUGCGGCCGAAGAGAAGCUGAAGACGAAGAAGACAAAACAUGCUCUAUUGGAAAAAGUUCUAGGCGAGGAAAACAAGGAGCUGACUACGGAGCUGGAGCAAUUGAAGGCCGAAUUCCCUAUCGAGCGACAAACGAUCGAGUUUUAG